CCCCCCCCCACCCCCAACCCCCAAUUCCCCCUCCCACAACCCCCAGCACGCACAGGCGCACGCCGAGAGGGAGAGGAAGCGUCAGCCAGCAGCCAGGCGCGGCCGAGGCAGGCAAGGCAUGGCCACUCCCACUCCCAGUGGCGGCGGAGGAGGCUCGCCUCCCGCCGCCUCCGAUCUCGUGCCCCCCUCCUACCCCGAGAUGAUCGUCGCCGCGAUCGCCGCGCUCGCGGAGGAGAACGGCUCCAGCCAGGCCGCCAUCGCGCGCCGCAUCGAGGCGGAGGCCCGCGGCGACCUGCCGGCCUCGCACCCGGCCCUCGUCGCCGCGCACCUCUCCCGCAUGUCCGCCGCCGGGGAGCUCGUCGCCGUCGCGGGGGGGAAGUACGCGCUGCCCCCGCCCCCGCCGCCGGCGCCAGAGUCGCCAGCUGACGGCGGCGUCGACGACGACGACGACUGCGCCGACGAGGAGGAGGCGCCGGAGCCUCUGCCGCAGCCGCCCGCUAAGCGCGGGCGCGGAAGACCCCCGAAGGUGCGGCCCCCGGGCUUCCCCGCUACCGGGUCGGGAGCUGCCGGCCCCGUCGGCGCGCCCGGAGCUGCCGCCUCCCCGCCCGCCGCGCCGCGCCGGCGCGGCCGCCCGCCCAAGCCGCGGGACCCGCACGCGCCGCCCAAGAUCCCGCGCCCGCGCGGCCGCCCGCGCAAGAACCCGCUUCCGGAGGGGAUGGCGCCGCGGCCGCGCCCCGGCGCGCCAACGACGGCCAAGGCGGCGCGCCCGCAGUUCGCCGAGGUCGGCUUCGUGUGAUGUGCGGACCUCUCGCCGGCAGGCCGGGCGGACGGCGGGGUGCAGAGCAGGCGCUAGCUAACAUUUUGCCCUUCUUCCAGCUGUUGUCUGAUGUGGGGUUUCUUCUCAGUUCGUGUUGUUGUCUAAUUCCGGGAGCGUGUAGGAGCAGUCUGAGUGGGCGGCGGUGGCGGCGGUGUGUCGUGGUGUUGCUACCUUACUAUUGGCGGUGGCCGGAGGGGUUCGCCUCCGGCGGUGUAUCUUGUGUCUCAUCUCCUUGUCGCUCGCGCGCAAUGCAAUGCAGUUAGUCUGAUCGUUUGAUUUCCCA